CAACCCCUCCUCCGGUCAGCCUCCCUGUUGACCGCGCCACCCCCGUCGCAACGGAACGGCCACCUCUCCUCUCUUGCUCUCUCCUCGCAGCCACGCACCCCACGACCCUGUCCUACACUCCUGCUCCUAUAUAUAAUUCUCCUCCUCUCCCUUCCUCGCCAUUACGGACACGGCCACGCACACACCCUCUUUCUCUCUCUCCUCACCAAAGGACUGCAACUGCUCACGGCUCGCCACAAAAGAACGUACGGACAACGCAUCCAGGGAGGCUAUGAGGACGAGGCGCGGCGCGUGCUACCCCUGCCACUCGGCAGCGGCGGGCGAGGGGCCAGAGGUGCACCGCCGGAAGAGGCGCCGGACGGCGGCCGGCGCUCCCGCGGGGUUCGGUGUCCUCGGAGACAUGUUUGAGGAGCUCCCUGACGAUCUUGUGGUGUCCAUACUGGCCGACGUCGCGGCGUCCGCCGGCUCGCCAGCCGACCUCGCCGGCGCCAUGCUCACGUGCAAGCGAUUCAGGGAACUUGGGCAGAGCAGGGUGGUGCUCGCCAGGGCGUCGCCGCGGUGCGUCGCCGUGCCGGCAAAAGCCUGGUCGGACGAGGCUCACCGGUUCUUGCAGCGCUGUGCGGAUGCCGGCAACCUCGAAGCCUGCUACCUCCUUGGCAUGAUCCGGUUCUACUGCCUGGGGAGCCGUGGGUCCGGGGCGGCGCUGAUGGCGGCGGCGGCAGUGGGCGGCCACCGGGAGGCGCUGUAUUCGCUGGCCGUCAUCCAGUUCAACGGCAGCGGCGGCAGCAAGGACGACCGCGACCUCCGCGCGGGCGCGGCGCUGUGUGCGCGCGCGGCGUCGCUGGGCCACGUGGACGCGCUCCGCGAGCUUGGGCACUGCCUUCAAGACGGCUACGGCGUGCUCCGCUCCGUGCUGGACGGGCGCCGCCUCCUCAUCCAGGCCAACGCCCGCGAGCUUGCCGCCGCGGUCACUGCGUCGGCCUCGCUGCUCCGCGCCGGCACCGGAAACAACGGAGGCAAGGCGUCGCGGCGCCACUCGUGCCUGCUCAGCGACUUCGGGUGCCGCGCUGCGGCCGCGGCGGCGGGCGAGACGCACGCGGCCAACCGGUUCCUGGUGGACUGGUUCGCGUCGCGGCCUCUAGCAGCCUCCGCCGUCGGAGCUGUGGCCGGGACCCCCUCAGCGGCGGAAGACGACGGCGCCGGCGCCGGCGACCUGCGGCUGUGCUCGCACGCGCUGUGCGGGCGCCCGGAGACGCGGCGGCACGAGUUCCGGCGGUGUUCGGUGUGCGGCGUGGUGAACUACUGCUCGCGCGCGUGCCAGGCGCUGCACUGGAAGAUGGCGCACAAGGCGGAGUGCACGCCCAUGGAAAGGUGGCUCGACGCCGCCGCCAACGCCAAUGCCGCUGCGGGGGACGUCGCCGUGGCAGCCCCGGCGCCGUGACGCCCUGUGCCUGCGUCAGUUUUUCAUGUCACCUAGCGACAUCAGUUUUUACCCUCCCCGGCCCGCGUCCGGCCGUUCUUUUCUUCCUCUCGUUUUCGGCCCGCUUCUGUACAUGGUUUGGCUGGCAUGCCGAGGUACUCUA